AUAUGCUUGAUAUCGAAGAUGGUCUUCUUAAAACUGAAAAGCAAAAUGUGCGGAACUAUGAGUGGCACGGUAGGUCGGCUAUGCUUGUAGAACUCGUAACAAGUACAGUUAUCAUUGGUGGAGCUGUUGGCGCUUUAAUUGGUGGUGGCUUCUUUAAAGAUGCAGAUGAUGAUUUCAUAAAGAAAGUAGAGCAUCGAAUAGAAUGCAUCAUCCACCUUCAUGAUGUUCACAGGAAGUUGCUUGAACAUGUAUUUGUUACACCAAUUGGUCCAGAAAAACGACUGCUCUUACGAAUCCAUUUCGUGGAAUGUGGACUUUCAGGGCUGAAUUCUGUGAUCCAAGACAAAUACUUAAAUUCGGAUAUUAAUAUCCGGAAAGGCUUCUCAAUCGUAUCUUAUUUAUUACAGGCUGUUAAACAAAUGAGCGAACCUAAUGGAAUCAGUGACUCGAAAACAGCCAAUAGCUGGCUUCAAAGAAUAAUGAAGGAUCCUCAUCUUGAGCCAGAAUCAGAGGAUAAGCUUUAA